UUUGAUCUUGGAUAUUCGUUUGUAUGCAUCCACCUCAGUCAGUUGUUCACUGAGUGUUAAUUCUCAGUUACUGAUGCUGUUCGUUUUCUUGUUGUUGGUAGUACCUGUUCUAGGCUUGAAAAACACCAAUGUGACUCGUACGAUACGCUUUAAAGGAAACAUUGUAAAGAUACAUCAUGAUAUUCUACUGAGUGAAACACCUGCUAAGUACCAACUUGUCAUUGAAGAAAGAGAAUGGAAACAUCUGUCCUUCAUCGGUGCAUCGUGUGGAGACCUGAAGUCAUCGCGGAAAGUCCCUGUAAAGCCAACAACCGGCAUGCCUUAUACGUACUCUAUAGAUCUUGGAAAACCGUCGACCGAACAAAUUCAUUUGUUUGUGGACAUUGUAUUAACUGAAUUGUUAGAACCAAGACCUGCUGAGAUUUAUCAAGCUGAUAAGCAGUUCGUCAAGUUUAGUGGCAAUGCUUACUUUUAUUCCCCGUAUCUGACUGACAAUCAGCUAACGUACAUUCACUUGCCAAAGGGUCAACUUCUAACUCACACUGCUACGUCAAUCCCACCUGUCAUAAAUGGAAAUAAUUUAGUCUAUGGUACUUACGAAAGCCGUCCAGCCUUCUCGACGGUGAGUUUUUAUUAUCAAUAAUAAGUUGUUAGGAGCCACUUGUCCUACAUUUCGAGUAUUACGUUCCAUUCCUCACGGUCACUGAUAUGACUCGUCUCAUCGAAGUAUCGCAUUGGGGAAAUAUUGCUGUUGAAGAAACGCUUGAAAUCGUGAACACGGGUGCGAAGUUGCGUGGUUCGUUUUCUCGUUUGGAUUUUGAUUAUGGAGUUGGACAACAGGUAGCAGUCAACUCCCUUAAGACAGUUCUACCACCAUCUGCAAAGGACAUUUACUAUCGCGAUGAGAUUGGCAAUAUAAGCACAAGCACAGUCAAAAACCUGCUAGAUUCCGUGGAGGUGACUCUCGUUCCGCGCUUCCCGUUGAUGGGUGGAUGGAAAACGCGCUACACAAUAGGAUACAACAUCCCAGCCUAUGAGUUCCUCUAUCACAGUGGUUCUAAGUUUGUUCUUGUAAUGCCGUUCAUUGACCGUGUUUACAAGGAUCAAUUCAUUCGCAACUUAACGCUGAAAAUUGUUCUUCCCGAGACUUCUGACGAUAUUCAGUUCGAAACACCUUUUCCAGUUCAUGAACAGCAUUUUGAAAAUUUGAAAACAUACUUAGACACAUCAGGCCGAACCGUUAUUGUCUGCAAAGCUGCAAAUCUUGUCGAUGAACACAUUCAAGAUUUCAAGGUGAAUUAUCGCUUCUUUCUGCCAAUGCUCCUCCGAGAACCUAUGAUGCUGAUUUUAGCUUUCUUAUGUAUAUUCGGUGCUGUAAUUAUUUAUGUCCGCUUGGACUUUUCGAUCUACAAGGAUGAAAAAAAUGAACUUCGCCUUCGAAUACAAACGCUAGUAGAUGAAACUCAAGCCUUGCUAAGAUGUCGUUCUUCUUUGUAUCAAUGUUAUGAAGAUGCCCUGACAAAAUAUAAAGGAUCUAAAGAUAGCGCACAAUUCACAACUGAUCGCCGUAAAUUAGAAGCGGAAUAUAAAAGUCUAAAUCAACAGUUGAUGUCAGUUCAGAAUAAAAUAGGAGAUUUAUAUCCGGAUGGAGUAGAUAAAUUGAACGACAUCAACCAUUUGGAUCAACAAUAUCGUGAUCUAGUUCAAGAAGGUAUCCAACUGGCAGAAAAACUCCUCACUGGCAAGUUGACAAAACCACAAUAUCAGUCCUCAAAUGACGAUUUAUGUUCUAAGAAAGCUGAUAUAAUCUACAGGAUAGAUUCAAUAUUAGAAUGCCUCUAGCAGUAACAAAUAUGAUUCAUGUGUAUAAUUUUUUGUGUUGACUUUAUUUUUAGUCCUUAUCUUCGUGUGCGAUUGUGUUUUGUUAAUUUUUUCUACCAUUAAUGUUUUCCACUUAAUAAAAGACAUUGGAUAAGUUGUUUAUUGUUUGGCCUUAGAGUAAAAACAUCUUACCCGAAUGGUUGCAUAUAUGAUGCUCAGUACAUUCCACUACGUAGUCGUUGUACUGCUUUCGUAUUAUUAUUAAAUCAAGAAUAGAUUACUAUAAGCACCCUAGCAAUUACCGUUUUUUUAUUUACAUCUGCGAGCACUAAAGCCCUAAAUUGUAAUUUAAACAGUAUUUGACUUAAUAUAUGUCGAUUGACGUCA